AUGGAAAAUCUCGAUGAUAAACAUGUUGAUAUGUUACAAAGAAAUUUAUCUGCUUAUGAAGUCGAUGGUAUUCAAUGUCAAUUAACAUUUCAAAAAAAGACUAUUACACUUGAUUCAACUGAUAGCAGUUCAUGUUCUCUUGAAUAUGAUAAAAAUAAAGUUUCAUUAUAUUUUCAAAAACAUAUUCGUGAAUUUGAUUAUAUUGAUAUAGCUAUUGUACAUACAAUAAGUGAUAAAUUUGCAUCACCAUUAGAAACACUUAAACAUCGUGAUGUACCUGUUGAUCGUUUACUUCAACAAAAUCAUCAAUAUAUUCGUUCGACUAUUCCAAUUAUUCAACAAUAA